AUGCAAAACAAAUUAGAAAAAGCGAAUACUUACGUUGUAAAAAAACAAAAAAACAGAGAAAUUGUUACCAUUUGUGAUUUGUGAGUUCCUACGCAGUGUUCUCUUUCGUUGUUGUUGGUCGUGCUCGUCCUCCUUUCUCUCGGCGAUCCGAAGCGCAAAACCACCGCAAUCCCUACGAAUUUCGUGUCUCGAUCCCGAAUCUCAAGGUUUAAAGAUUGGUAAUAUGCUGCAGCAGGAAGUGAGCAGAGAAAUAUAGUUGCUGGAAGAGAUGAAUUGGAUUCAGCGCAAGAUCUACCUUUACAAUGUGACUUUUGGGCUGUAUAUGUUGGACUGGUGGGAGCGUUGUACCUUCAAUAUUGUGGUGAUUAUAUUAAUGUGUUUCGUUCUACGAUACGUUACUCAGUUCUUCAAGAGGUAUGUUUGGUAAGAAGCAAAACCAUUGUCACGGGAAGAAGCAAAUGUAGAUUGGUGUAGCUGAAUAGGGAAUAUCUUGAUAUAGCCUGACUUGGAAUUUCUUAAAGCUACCCAAAAAUUGAGCUUUUGAUGCCCCAACUAUACACCGUCAUGAAUCUUAUUUGAACAUUUAUUUUCAUAUAAGCUUGUAUGGGAUGCCAAUUAGCAUUCUUUACAUUGUAAUAAUUGUUGGGAAUGCUCAGUACUAAGCGUUUUGACUUUUUGAAUAGUGGAAAGUGUGAGCUCCACCGUAAUGCCAUCAAAGGUUUCUUGACUUUCUUCAUAAAAAA